AUGAAGGUCAUCUGUGUGAGCUCUGGACCAGCUGUCUGGCCACCUGUGUUCCUAGCACUUUCUUCUCGGGGACUGUGCCCUAUUUAGCUGAAUAGGGGGUGUUGCCCUCAAUCUGGGAAAAGCUGAAUCGCCUCACCGUUGUUCCCAAUUGGCAAGCAGUAAAGACGUGAGCUCUGGAGGUUAGCUCCAUCUCCCGGUAGCUUUCCAGACCCCUGCUCCCCUGCUUCCCACUGAGCUGCUUCCGAUUGGCUGUCCACUGUCCACUGCUCCCCUCCAGCCACAGCUGUCCGGCUGAACUUUGUGUCUUUCUCGCAAAAGCAGUGGCUGCUGUCGGCUUUCGACUGCAGGACUCCCAGCCGUGGCCAACGCUUUGAGCAUCACUGGCAAACGCAGGUUCGGCUAUUUCCGUCCCUGGUCUUCGGCAAGUUCCGCCCUUGCCGGUCGGAAAUGGCCGCCGGCCGGCAGGGGGAGCGGAGGAUUCGGCGCGGCCUGGGAGGCGCGCAGCCGGCAGCCAGAGCGGCUUGUGGGAAGCGGAGUUUUGGGCAGGAGACGGCGAUGGCUCGUCUCUGACUGGAAGCUGCCAGGAGAGCAAGCUCUGGUGUCAACGACUACAAGAACUCGUAUGUUGAAGCAUAACGCUACUACAUAAGGCAGAGAAAGGAAGAACGCUGCCCAGUAAGGCCUGACUGUCGGUAGUGACAUGGAGGACGGGGCUGGCAUCUCAAGCUGCCAGCUGUUUUCACCAGCCACUGUUUAACUUGAACAGAAGCGAUGCAUACUGGCUGGUCAACAAGGCCAAGGAACAAAGGCUAUGGCAGUUAAAACGGUCCCUCCGAGCCCAGGGCCCUGUCCCUGGAUUUUAACACCAUGGAUCUCUUCCCUGUCAUCCCAUCAGCAAUGUGGUACCUUCUUCUAUUUGAGGACAACAGCCAAUACUUAGGAGCUGCCUGACUAGGGUUAGAGACCUUCUGAGUCACGGCUGAGGAAAAUGAAAUUUCCAUUUUAUUUGGUGCCUUGCGCAGGGCGCACACAGACUCUUCCAGAAACUUGUGUGUGAAGAAGAGGUUGAGUUUCGUCACACACACUUAUGGUUAUGGCGUGUGAUCCGACGUGAUCAGAGUGGGCCAGAGCCACAGAGAACUCAUGACAGGCUAUACCAUGUUGCGGAAUGGGGGAGUGGGGAACGGCGGUCAGACCUGUAUGCUGCGCUGGUCCAACCGUAUCCGGCUGACGUGGCUGAGUUUCACACUCUUCAUCAUCCUGGUCUUCUUCCCCCUCAUCGCUCACUAUUACCUCACCACUCUGGAUGAGGCAGAUGAAGCCGGCAAACGCAUCUUCGGCCCUCGGGCUGGCAACGAGCUCUGCGAGGUAAAGCAUGUUCUAGAUCUCUGUCGGAUUCGUGAGUCCGUGAGCGAAGAGCUUCUGCAGCUCGAAGCCAAGCGGCAGGAGCUCAACAGCGAAAUCGCCAAGCUCAACCUCAAGAUUGAAGCCUGUAAGAAGAGCAUAGAGAACGCCAAGCAGGACCUGCUGCAGCUCAAGAACGUUAUUAGCCAGACCGAGCACUCCUAUAAGGAGCUGAUGGCCCAGAAUCAGCCCAAACUGUCCCUGCCCAUCCGACUGCUCCCCGAGAAGGAUGAUGCUGGCCUGCCGCCCCCCAAGGUCACUCGGGGUUGCCGGCUGCACAACUGCUUUGAUUACUCUCGCUGCCCUCUGACCUCUGGCUUUCCCGUCUAUGUCUACGACAGUGACCAGUUUGCCUUUGGGAGCUACCUGGACCCUUUGGUCAAGCAGGCUUUUCAGGCUACGGCGAGAGCUAAUGUUUAUGUUACAGAAAACGCAGCGAUUGCCUGCCUGUAUGUGGUGUUAGUGGGAGAAAUGCAGGAGCCGGCUGUGCUGCGGCCCGCUGACCUUGAGAAGCAAUUGUAUUCUCUGCCACACUGGAGGACAGAUGGGCACAACCAUGUCAUCAUCAACCUGUCCCGGAAGUUGGACACACAGAAUUUACUGUACAACGUCAGUACAGGCCGGGCCAUGGUGGCCCAGUCCACAUUCUAUGCCGCCCAGUACAGGCCUGGCUUUGAUUUGGUAGUGUCACCACUUGUCCAUGCCAUGUCUGAACCCAACUUCAUGGAGAUCCCCCCGCAGGUGCCAGUUAAGCGGAAGUAUCUCUUUACUUUCCAGGGUGAGAAGAUUGAGUCCCUGAGAUCUAGCCUUCAGGAGGCCCGUUCCUUUGAGGAGGAAAUGGAAGGUGACCCUCCAGCCGACUAUGAUGACCGGAUCAUUGCCACCCUGAAGGCCGUGCAGGACAGCAAGUUAGAUCAGGUGCUGGUAGAAUUUACCUGCAAAAACCAGCCGAGGCCCAGCCUGCCUACUGAGUGGGCGCUCUGUGGGGAGCGGGAAGACCGCCUAGAGUUGCUGAAGCUCUCCACCUUUGCCCUCAUCAUCACCCCUGGGGACCCGCACUUGGUUAUUUCAUCAGGGUGUGCCACACGGCUCUUUGAAGCCCUGGAAGCGGGAGCUGUGCCUGUUGUACUAGGGGAGCAGGUACAGCUCCCAUACCAUGACAUGCUGGAGUGGAACGAGGCCGCCCUAGUAGUGCCCAAGCCACGUGUUACGGAGGUUCACUUCCUGUUACGGAGUCUUUCAGACAGUGAUCUGUUGGCUAUGAGGCGGCAAGGCCGCUUUCUCUGGGAGACCUACUUCUCCACUGCUGACAGUAUUUUUAAUACCGUGCUGGCCAUGAUUAGGACUCGCAUCCAGAUCCCAGCUGCUCCCAUCCGGGAAGAGGUAGCAGCUGAGAUCCCCCAUCGUUCAGGAAAAGCAGCAGGAACUGACCCUAACAUGGCUGACAAUGGGGACUUGGACCUGGGGCCGGUCGAGACAGAACCGCCCUAUGCCUCACCUAAAUACCUCCGCAACUUUACUCUGACCGUCACAGACUGUUACCGUAGCUGGAACUCUGCUCCCGGGCCUUUCCACCUUUUCCCCCACACACCCUUUGACCCUGUGCUGCCCUCUGAGGCCAAAUUCCUGGGCUCAGGGACUGGAUUUCGGCCCAUUGGUGGUGGGGCUGGGGGCUCUGGCAAGGAGUUCCAGGCAGCACUUGGAGGCAAUGUCCAGCGGGAGCAGUUCACGGUUGUGAUGCUGACCUACGAGCGGGAGGAAGUGCUCAUGAACUCGCUGGAGAGACUCAACGGCCUCCCCUACCUGAACAAGGUAGUGGUGGUGUGGAACUCUCCCAAGCUGCCCUCGGAGGACCUUUUGUGGCCAGACAUUGGUGUCCCCAUCAUGGUCGUCCGUACUGAGAAGAACAGUUUGAACAAUCGAUUCUUGCCCUGGAAUGAGAUUGAGACAGAGGCCAUACUGUCUAUCGACGAUGACGCUCACCUCCGCCACGAUGAAAUCAUGUUUGGGUUUCGGGUGUGGAGAGAGGCACGUGAUCGUAUUGUGGGUUUCCCCGGCCGGUACCAUGCAUGGGACAUCCCUCACCAGUCCUGGCUCUACAACUCCAACUACUCCUGUGAGCUGUCCAUGGUGCUGACAGGUGCUGCCUUCUUUCACAAGUAUUAUGCCUACCUGUAUUCUUACGUGAUGCCCCAGGCCAUCCGAGACAUGGUGGACGAGUACAUCAACUGCGAGGAUAUUGCUAUGAACUUCCUUGUCUCCCACAUCACACGGAAGCCCCCCAUCAAGGUGACAUCGAGGUGGACUUUCCGAUGCCCGGGGUGCCCUCAGGCCCUGUCCCAUGAUGACUCUCACUUUCAUGAGCGGCACAAGUGUAUCAACUUCUUCGUCAAGGUGUACGGCUAUAUGCCCCUCUUGUACACACAGUUCAGGGUGGACUCUGUGCUCUUCAAGACCCGCCUGCCCCACGACAAGACCAAGUGCUUCAAGUUCAUUUAGGGCCUUGCCAGUUCUGAAGAGACCAUGAGUGGAGUAAGAAGAGUCGCUCCACGGUUCCCAGGCAUUGAAGGACCUUGGGGACAUCUGUGGGGCGGGGCUCAGACCCUUUGCUGGGGAAGGCAGCAGGAAGAGUGGAAGGGAGUAGCUGUCUUUAUCUUGAAGUCAGUCACACUGGGCCCAGCAUCCUGGUCAGCAGACUCGGGGCUUCUGCACGGGGCACUGACUGAUGGUGAACACUGAGGACUGUGGGACUCUUGGGAGUCUCUAGUUCAUAAGCCCAGGACGGCUGGUUCGUGGUUUUUAAAUUCAGUAACAACUAUUAUUAUUUAAAGAGAGUUUCACAUCUGCCAUUCAAGGCUUAUUUAUAUGUGUGCAUAUAUGUACACACAUACGUGUAUUAUACAUAUAUAUGCACACACACAUAUACAUAUAUAUAUAUAUAUAUUUGAUGGGGUGGGGUUGCACUUGAAAUUUCUGCCAAUCUCUCCAAGGGAGGGACCUACCUGGCUAUGUAUUUAGUGGAGAGGGUCCUGACCCUGUGUGACUUGGACUGUCCCGAUGGCACUGGCUGCAGAAACAAGCAGGAUGGACUUGGCCUAGGCAAGAUCUCCUGAUCUACCCCGACCCCUUCCUGUAGCCUCAGUGAUACUAACACAGCUUCCCCUCCUGCUGGGGCUGCGCAGUGGGGCUGGCAUGUUCCCUGGGCUUUGAGGCUGGUGCCAGGCAGCACUUGUCUUGGGGGUUAUUGCCACUCUCCCAUUCUUUCUUGUGUUUGAGAGAGGAUAAGGAAGCAACCGGUGAGGCAGGGAUGAGGCCUCUGCUGCCCAAUGGCCUUUAGCUCACUCUCCUGGUGACGCCGGUGCGGGGCACUGGUGCAGGUCCCUGUGCUAUUUAGCAGGUCUCGAUUGGGAGCUUGUAAGGUGCAGAACUGGCCUGUGUCCUUUGAGGAUCCCAGAGUCUCAUGGCAGGGCCUUGGGAUGGACACCUAAGUGAGUUCACGUUUCCCCUCACGUCUGGACUCCAUCGUGUACCUGUGGGGUUUAGACCCCGGAUGUCGAGUUGCCCUCUUUCGAGGUCUGGGACAUGCUAGAAGCUGGAGGCUGGGGUCCGCUAGGAAAGUUCUAGUCCGGCCUUGGAAGCUAUCAGGCGCUCACCCCCGCGUUACCACUCUCCACUCCUGUUAUGGUUCUGUUCCCAGGGCUGCCAGUGAAAUAAGCUGAUUUUGGGGGUGGUGGCAGCAGGAAGCCUAGCAUUGUGUCAGGGAUUCCGCCUGUGACUUGUCACCCCACCCGCCUGGCUGAAGUGGAACUGAACAGCUGCACCAGACAGAGCUCAGGGCUGUCCUGGCCGUGCAUCUGCCUUAAGCCAGUCCCGUCUUCCUAGGCCCUGACCCGAGUGCUGCUGUCCUGACUUCUCUGUAGAUCCCUUCUGCUGGAGGCUGCCGUGGCCUCCAUCUCCAGGAGUCCCUGCGGCCAGAGGACCAGGCUGCUGCAGAGCUUCCACUGGUGUCUUCUCCAACCCGACACCAAGGCUGCCUGGGACGUAGUUCUUAGCACCUCAGCAAAGGGGUCUAGACUCUUUCCCCGACUCUCUGUCCUUUUGUCCCUUGUGGCAGUAGCCCUCUUCCCUCAGGGGAGCCAAAGAGUGUGGUGGUUUUUUUUUUUCCGCUAACUAUGUGGCUGCUAUUUUUUUUUUUUUUUUUACUUCCCAGUAUUGGGGAUGGAACCCGGAGCUGUGGAUGGGCAUCCCGACAAUCGCUCUGCCGUGAGCCCCGGCCCUAUCCGCCUUGUUUCUUUAAUGUGAGAACUUGUAGAUUGCUGUGGUAUUUGAUGAGGAAGUCCGUCUCUACGGUAGAACCCCUCUGGAGGGCACUGAAAGCUGUUGGUCACUCAUGGAUGUCAUCAAAAUGUGUUUCAGGGAUAGUGGUGGUAUCAGAGCAUCCUAUGGGGUAGCAUCUCUGGGCCCGGUGGGAACACUAACUGAAGGGCCCCAGCAGCAAGUAUGGACAGUGACUGUAUCUGAGGGACCCUCUCAGAGGCAAGAGGCAGAGACAAGCAGUUGAACACUGCUUGUCAUUUGGGUUGGGGAGCCAGGGGGCAUGCCUCGAAAUGAUUCUUCCCGCUACAAGCUGCUUUGCCGCAGCUCACCAUGGUCACCUAGUGCAGAUUCCUAACACGGGUCACACCUGACUACCCAGUCUCAGCUUCCAGGGCCAGGACAGCCUUGGUUUUCAGUUGCUCUUUAUCUUGAGGGUAAGGGCCACCCACAGAGUGACAGUCACCCCCCCCCCACAGGGUGCCUCAGGCCAGUGGACCACCUACAAUGCUCAUGUCUGUUAGCCUUGUUAGCACAGGUGAAGCUGGAGGGUGGGGCUGCCUGGGGCCGCUCUGAUAACAUAAUUUGUCCAUCUGCCCCUUUCAAACCAUGAGCACAAAGGUCUUAAGUUGGAUUUUUGUAAAAAAAAAAAAAAAGAAAUAAAUGGAGAC